AUGGCUCGCAGCGAAGCGCCCCUAGCUGGCUUCGAGCCGCUACCUGUAUCGUAUGGAGUCGAUGCAAACGAGAGGGACAUUCUCCAUUAUAUGUAUGUUCGUCCCCAUGCGAGCACAAGCGAAGACAGCGACCUCCCUGCUGGCCGCACGCUUUUUGUUGUGAAUGUGCCGGUCGAUGCGUCGCGCGGUACGCUGCGCGAGCUCUUCCGCAAGGCGGGAGCUGUAGAGUCCGUCCAGGUGCAUAAUGUGGGUGAUCGACCAAUCCAGGACGGGGACGACGAGGACGAAGAGGCUGCCACAGCGACGGACAGCGUCGAGCCUUCUGUGGACCAGAAGAAUGCACCGCCCAAGGUCGAGCCGCUGCCGCAGCUGGAACCCCAGGUGCUCCUCAGCUCAUGUUCGAGCGCGCACAUCGUGUUUGUCGACGAGUCGUCGUUGGAUCGCGCGAUGAAGCUGCCUAAGCGCCACGCGGCCAAGCCUCCGAAGUGGCCCCAGCCCGACGCGCGCCGAGAGUCUGAACCUACCGCGAGCCUUGUCGGGCUUCCGUUCUUCCUGGAGCGCUUCCGCUUGCACCACCCGCCGCAUGAGAUUGUGAAGCGCCACGUCGAUUCAGCCAUUGCCCGAUACACAUGGAUUCGAAACCACCCGCAGUGGCUGCUGGAUCAGCGUAUGCAGGGCGACACCAAGUCCAGUAUGGGCGUGGGUAUCCAGGCGGCUAGUGUAGGUCCGAAUGGCGAGCUGCUGGACGAGGACGGCUUUGUGAUUGUGCAGAAAGGGAACCGCUAUGGACGUUCUGGUGCUGAGGACAACACAUUUGCAGCGAUUACGCCUGAAUUCGAGGAGGAAAUGCGGCAGAACCCAGAAAAGAAGAAGCCGAAGGAGCUGGUCGACUUUUACCGGUUCCAGUUCCGCGAAAAGAAACGGCAGCAAUUCGCGAACUUGCGCGCGCAGUUCGAAGCGGACAAGAAAAAGGUUGCCCAACGCAAAGCACUCCUUCGCUACAAGCCGUAUGUACACAUUAUCUGA